UUGGAAGCUUCAACGGACACGAAGCUUCGACGUGUAAGGACCACGUUCACAUUACUUCUCAGACACAACUGGUCUUCGAUUAACGCUGCUGAGACGUAAAAAAGAGGCAUCUGGAUAUCUGAACUUAAAAGGCUAUGAAGUCUGACCUAUGCUUCUCCUACAGAGCAAAAGCUAGGCUGCUACUCUCCAAAGCCUGCCAAUACGUACUUUUUUCUGCGUUUCUCAUCGAGUAUUGCUCAGGCUUCAUUGUGUACCCAAAGCUACUGGAGAGCAGAGAUCAAACAGGUCCACUUAUCUUGCAUGUUCAUGAUGGUCUCACCCUUAACCUGGAAAAGAGCUCUGUACUCGCAAAGAACUUGGAAUUUGUAACAUCAUCUUCCGCGCAGUUUUAUACAGAAACGAUGAACGGUGAAGAACUCGAAAAAAACUUGUAUCAUGAUACUAUACAGAAGUCAUCCCUCAUUAUUGACCAUCUACUAGGAGGCGGCGUACAAGUGCGAGGAAUUCUAACUCGCAACUUGAGGAUUGCUCCCACUAAUGAUUCCAGCCAAUCUGGUGUGGACUCAGGUGAACAUGAGGUGGAACAAAUUGUUACAUCACGAGAGGAAGAUCUUGGAAGACGUACUGAAGAUCCUGAACCAGAGUGUGAUCAUAAAGAUUUCAGUAAGCAUGUGACUUGUUCACUUUGA